CUGAUUUUACAUGAAAAUAUAAAACUUUGAGGCCUUUUUAUGAAUUACAACAGCCAGCCAUGAUGUUAGUUUCUCAGCCUCCAAAGAAACCAGAAACCUUAGAUAAGAAACUGUGGAAGAGGUGAAGCCUUUAGAUUGAAACGUUUUUCUAAUUCUUUAUUGAAUCUGGGAAACAAGAGAAACGAAGCUUCAGAUCUUAAAGGGAUCGAUCUGCAGGGUAUCCUGCAUCUAUUCUGAAAAUUAGUCAUUACAUGAAGUCUUGCUCACUGCUGAUUACUGCUGCUUUUUACGUAGAGUCGAGGCCAAAGGUUUUACUUGUUCCAUCGAUUUUAAAGGCGUCUGUUAAGAAAUCCAUCCAAUUACUGAGUAAAGUCAGUAUUUCCAGUUUUUUGCUGUAAAAUCCCCAGAUUGUUCUUCUAGUUAUUGCUGGGAUGUUGAAGAAAUUGCUCCUGGAGGACGUUUUGGUCCCAACCUUAACUUUUGGCAGGUUUUGUCUCUGUUGGUGUUUUUCCACAUAUCUAGAGCCAGUUUAUUGCACAGGAAGUCAGCUCUCCCAGGUUCCCCACAGACUGCAUGUAACCUUGGCUUCUCUGUCCAUACGCAGCAGAUCCAUGUUGUGGUGGCUUCCUGUAGCUUUUUCAAUUUUCAAGACUCUCCACUAAGGCACAAACUCUGCAGCAAGAUCUCAUCUUUUUAAACUGGCUUUUAAUUCCAGAGCGCAGGACCACCGGGCCAGUCCUUGUUUCCUAUAUGCCUUUUAUUGCUGAUUUUAUUGCUUUUAAUGUCAUCCUUGUAUUUUAUUGCUUAUUGUUUUUAUUAUUUGGUUAUUUUAUAUUUCUUUUUUAAUCACCUGUACAGCAGUUUAUAAGUAAAUAAAUGAAAUGAAAUAAAAUUCGCACUUCAACCUUCACUUAUGGUCAUGAGAAAUGCAACAUAACUGAAAGAACAAGAUCCUGGAUCCAAGCAGCUGAAAUGAGCUUCCUCUGCAGGGUGGCCACGGUCAACCUUAGACAAGAGGAGAGGAGCACGGAGUAGAACUGCUGCUCUUCUGGAGUCAGCUGAGGUUCUGAUCAGGAUGCCUUCUUCUAUAGGUUCUUCUGGUAGAACCCACUGGCUGGAGACCCUGGGCCAGUCCUGGAACUCCCUGUAAGGACUGUAUGUCCCUUUGGCCUUGGAACACCUUGGGAUGCUCCGGGAAGAGCCGGAGAGUUGUCACUGAGGAAAGGGAUGUCAGGGUUUCCCUCCGGAACCAUCUCCAACCCAGUCUCUGAUAGGUGGACCAGGAAUAGACUCUUUAAAACAAAGAAGUCCAUCUUCAGACCUAAUCCAAGCUGAAUUUCACCUGCUGAGGAGAAGAUUGAAGGAAGAAAGACACCAAACUAUCAGCCCCUGAACAGACUGCAGUGAAACAAGAAAACUUCUUUAAUCAGGUUUCAAAUUUGUUGCACUUGGUUACAGUCAAUAACUGCCUAUAAACAGAAAGUCUUCCCUGUGUUUCUUUAUUUAGUCAGUCCUAAACUCUCUCUGAGCUAAGCUGAACGUCCCCCAAAGCUGUCAGACAGACCUGGAAAUAAACACCUGGAGGUAAAAUAUAAAAUAAUUAUAACAUUCUUCAACGAUUUUCAGUGUUUUCAAAAAUAUUUCAACUAACUUUAUUAUUUUUCCUUUUCUAGAUAGCACAACUUAUUGACUCAUUCUUUCUUUUUGAUCAGCUUUGAACUGCAGAAAUCAGAUUUUAUUUUAAUCUUGAAAAUAUUCAGCAGCUUUUCUUCUGCUGAACUGCGGUUCUUUUGUGGAACCAACAGGUGGCAGCAUGUUGCCAUUAGCUUCAUGAAGUCACCUCAGUGUUGUGGGACAGGUUUAUUUGAAAUCUGUUAACAGUAAGAAUGUGGGUGGAGCUACUGUGAAGGGGCGGGGCUUCAUGGCCUGGGUCAGCAGCUGGUGACCUAGACAUCUGCAGACUCUGAGCACAGCUGAAGCUGCAGAGGAGGACGUUUCUGUCUGCAGGUGAGUGGAGCAACAUGAUGAGACUCUGAUAUUUCUGUCAUUCUUCUCCCCUUCAGAUCAGCUGCUGCUGCUUUCUUACUUUCCUUUGAUUUCAGUCUUAACUUCAGCUCUCUGAAGCUUUGAGAUGUUUCAGUGGAGUUUUCAGACACAAUUACAACAGAAAACAAAAACAGGAAAAUCUCCGGGGUUUUUUAAGCAAAAUCUGAAAUUGAUCUAAAUUUGAUUAGCAGAUUCUGAUAAAUGUUUCUCUUGUGGUCAGAAUUUAAUACAUUCUAUGCUUUAGAUGACUUAUUUCAGAAACCUUUUUCUAAGAAGGAAUGAUUGUAAAAUAUGAUUUAAAACCGAAGAAUUUGAACAGAAUAAAAAUAUCAUUUAUUGUCCCUUAGUGGGGGAAAUAUCAACAGCAAAGUCACAAAGGAAAAUCUGCAGACUUGCAGAAAGAUUUAAAAAAAUGAACUGAAAACAGAUGGAAUAAGAGACUGUACAGCAAGGGCAAAAUUACAGCAGCAUCAUGUGCAGUUAUUAAAAAUAACAUACUCAGUAGGAUCAUUUAAAACAUGUACAAGGGUUAGGGUUAAUGUGUGUCAGUGUAUAAAAAACAACAGAAUGUUUUCAAGAAAUGAAAGAACUGGUCAAAAAUCAGCAGGGACGUGAAUACUUACUGAGUUUGUAGGGAGCAGUGAUGGUUAAAGUCUAACAGCUGCUGGGAGGAAGGACCUGUGAUAACGCUCCUGGGUGCACCUAGGAUGCAGCAGUCUGUCACUAAAGGAGCUCUCCAGUUUCAUGCAUGGGGUGAGAGACGUUGUCCAACUGUGGUGUUAUUUUGCUGGUCUUCUGUCUCUAACCUGCAGUAGGUCAGGGGGGCAUCUUAGGACGGAGCUGGCCUUGGUGGACAAGUUUAAAUUAUUUGAAUUUUCUUUGAUCCACACAGGGUCAAAACUAUUUUACAUACAUUGAUUAGUGUUUUCUCAGGAGAUUUUCUUGUGUUUUAUUAGAAAUUGGCUUCCAUGCAAAAGUCAAUAUAAACAGCAGAAGAACAUUGACACAGUUAUUGAAUUUAAAAACAAUUUGUCAGAUUUCUCUCUGAAACUGAGCAGUUUUGUAAAUUUAAACUCAAAACACCUGUUUGGUCCUGCUAAUUAGACUGAAACAGCUCAGUCGUAUUAAAGGUCACAAAGUCUGACCUUGUUGGAAAUUCAGAAUGAUGCUCAUAAACGACAUGACUCCAACAUUCAGUUGCUCUGAACUUGUUUGGAAACCGGUGCAGGUCUUCAUUUAAGCAGGUGAGUCUGACUGAUGUGACACGAUGUGACCACAGAAACCUGUGUUGAUGGAAGGUGUGAGUUCAUAGAUGUUUAUUACGUGUGUUUCUGUGCAUGUGGGGUUUUCUACAGAAGGAGGACCGAGGUGGGGGAGGAUGAGGAGGAGAGGGGAGCAGAGAGAGGACAGCAGCACUCUCAUCGCCAUGGAAAUAAACCCUGAGAACAACUAUGGCAGCAUCAACCUGGAAGCAUCGUCUCAGCCACGAGACAGGAACGUGUUUAGUGACGAAACCACUCGAAUUGAUUUUGUCCUGGUGUGGGAGGAGCCUCGAGGUGACAAUGAGGACAGCUCAGGUGUUAGCUCUACCCAUAUGAAGUGGAGGGAGCAGUUUCUGAGCAGACUGAGAGAAGAAGGCCUGCUGCAGGAGCAGAGGGAGGUCUGCCAGGCAAAGAAGAGGAUCUGCUUCGUCCUCCUCAGUGCUACGUGGAGCGUCCUCUGUUACUAUGCCGAGGAGAUAAGCCUCAGAGUCCCCCUGCAAGUGGUCACGGCUCCGAUCAUUAACUGGUCUGAACAGUUCCUGUCCAAGCUGUCCCUCCCUAACCCCCUGUCUCAGGAAGUCCCCAACCAGCCACCUGACUACUACACCUGUCAGUUCAGGACCAAUAAGCUGGAGAGGUUCCUGGGAAGUGAAGACAAGGAGAUGUUCUUUAAGACCACCCAGAGACACCAGGUGCUGUAUGAGAUCCUGGCCAGAACUCCAUAUGGUUCUGUGAAGAAGGGAGAGGUGGGCAUUGACCGGCUGAUCAGUGAGCAGGUCUUCGCUGCUGCAUACCCACUGCAUGAGGGGGAUUUCAAGCUGCCGAACCCCCCUGUGGCCCCCCAGUCUUUAAGUCUGAGACAGAUCCUGUACGCAUACUGGUCAAAGUGGUCCUGCUGGAAACGCUACCAACCUCUGGACCACAUAAGGGAGUAUUUUGGGGAGAAGAUAGCUCUUUACUUUGCAUGGAUCGGUUUCUAUACUGGCUGGUUGCUACCAGCAUCUCUGAUUGGGACUCUGAUCUUUCUGGUGGGAUUUUGGCUUGUGGCCACUGACGUUCCAGCGAAGGAGUUGUGCGAAAGUGGAGGUGCUUUCAUCAUGUGUCCUCUCUGUAACAUCUGCUCCUCCUGGAACUACUCCAGCAUCUGCAUCACCUAUAAGGCGGGUCUCCUGUUUGACAAUGGUGGAACAGUGUUUUUCAGCGUCUUCAUGUCUUUGUGGGCUGUUACCUUCCUGGAGUACUGGAAGAGAACGUGUUCGGCUCUUUCCCACCGCUGGGACUGCCAUGACUUCCAGGACAUUGAGGAGCGUCCUCGUCCAGAGUUCACAGCCAUGGCACCGAUGACCAUGAGGAACCCGGUCACUGGGGCGGAGGAACCUUACUUUCCUGAGACGAAACGGUUUAACAGAACUGUGACUGGAUGCAUGGUCAUCAUCAUCAUGGUUGCUGUGGUGCUGAUGUUUCUCAUUGGCAUUAUUUUGUACCGUACAAUCCUCAGCAUCAUCAUUUACAAGUCAGUUACCACUGACAGCUUCUUCAGCUCCUCUGCGGGGAGGAUAGCCAGCCUUUCAGGAUCAGUGUUGAACCUGAUUGUCAUCCUCAUGUUGUCCAGAGUUUACAUCACGCUGGCCCACAUCCUUACUCGCUGGGAGAUGCAUCCCACUCAAACCAAAUAUGAAGACAUGUUCAUCCUCAAAGUUUUCAUCUUUCAGUUUGUGAACUUCUACUCAUCUCCAGUUUACAUCACCUUCUUCAAAGGCAGGUUCGUUGGUUAUCCUGGAAACUACAAAACCUUAUUUGGAGUUCGCAAUGAAGAUUGUGGAGCAGGCGGAUGUCUCAUUGAACUGGCUCAGGAACUCCUGGUCAUCAUGGUGGGAAAACAGCUGAUCAACAACAUCCAGGAGUUCAUCUUUCCGAAGGCAAAGUCAUGGUGGCAGAAGAAGAAAAUGCAUCCCCAACUGAAGGAGAAGAAGGACACAGCAGGAGAGGAGUCUCAGACUGAGGAGGACGCUUCACCCUGGGAGGCAGAUUACCAGCUCCUGGUCUGUGAGGGACUCUUCAGUGAAUAUCUGGAGAUGGUUCUUCAGUUUGGUUUCAUCACCAUCUUUGUGGCAGCAUGUCCUCUUGCUCCACUCUUCGCUCUCAUCAACAACUGGGUGGAGAUCCGUUUGGACGCUCAGAAGUUCGUGACAGAAUACCGCCGCCCGGUGGUGGAGCGAGCUCAGGAUAUUGGGAUCUGGUUUCCCAUCCUGCAGUUCAUCACACACACGGCCGUCCUCAGCAAUGCUUUUCUCAUUGCCUUCACCUCAUCCUUUGUGCCACGGCUGUACUACCGUUACACCAGAGAUAACACAUUGAGCGGCUUCGUUAACUUCACCCUGGCAACAUCUCCACAAAGCUACUCCCAGCAGCACCACAACACCUCCUGCAGGUAUCAAAGUUUCAGGGACGAUAAAGGUGAAUACCUGCCGGAGUACUUUCACCUCCUGGCUAUACGACUCAGCUUUGUCAUCAUCUUUGAGCAUGUGGUCUUCUUCAUCGGCCGACUGAUUGACAUGAUGGUUUCUGACAUUCCUGAAGAGGUGGAGAUGAAGAUGAAAAGAGAGCACUACAUGGCUAAAGAGGCGCUGGCUGAGAAUCAGUCUUUGGGGAGAACCAUGAUUCCAGAUGACAAGGACAUUCUGUCUAACCUGCGUCAGCGUGGAUCCAGAGUCCCACAACCAGGGAGUGACUCCCAUCCUCUAGCUCUGAAGGAAAUUCCAGAAGAAACAGAUCCAAUAAGCAGCUGCUGACAUUAAGUCCCCCCUGCAUCAGUCCUGAUUGUUUUGGGACAGGUUGAUACAGAUGUUCUUCAACCUGUAGAAUAGGGGUUUCUUCUGGAUCUUCUGGAUGUUUGAUAGACUUGUAUAAGAAAAUCCAGCUUUUCAACAUGUCAUAGAACUGUGUGCCAAUGCAAAAGUUGCAUCUUCCCACUCUUGUCUUCUGACACUCAUCAUGAGCUUCCACAUCUGGACUCAGAAACCUAUAAGAUGUUGUUAAUUUAACAGCCCCAAAUAGUAAUUCUUCUCAGAAACGUGACCUACCAAGAGCUGAAAGCCUCUUAAGACUUUAGAAGAACUACCUCUAACAGAGCAGGGCUUUAAGUAGAAGCACAGAAAAGGAAAAUGUGGUUCUGAAAAACCACAUUUUCAAGGUGUUCCAAGUCGUUUAUUCUGCUGUUACACUGAACUAAGGCGUAUUUAAAGGUGUUUAUUAUAUUUUAAAAUAUUUUGGCCAUAAUAUUUGAGACGUUUUUGUUUUUGCACUAUAACAGUCAUAACGGUCAUUAACCUCUAAAAAAGCUCUCAUACUGAGUUAUGAUGUUAAUGUUGAAAUAUUACAGUUUUAUUAUCUAACCAUGAAAAUGAAAUGGCACAUGAUCGAUGGUCAUGUGACCAAUCAUACACCACCACAACAUCAGUAUACACCUCGUGACUUCAGCACCACUCCAAAUACAUCCAUCUCUACUCUGGUGUUAAGGAAGCCUUUACUUUGGAUGAACACCUAAUCCAGCUGAUGUGGUGUAGACACCAACAGAUGUGUCAAUGAGGCAUUCUCUGUCUCCUGACCUUUACCCUCUGUUCUGACAGGCUGUCGGAUGGUUCACUGGAGGAGGAGGAGGCUCCUUGUUCAGGGCUCGCUACAGCAAAUAAGUAUACCUUAACUUGUUAAGCCCAUGGAGGUAUUAGAGCAAUUUCCACUCUAAUUACAUAAAUAAAUCAAGUAUAGCUCAACAGUUAUAAGGUCUACAUGCAAACUUUUGGUACUUGUGUAAAGCUAAGACAUGCAAGAAUAUUUUCAGGUGGAAGCACUUAAUAACUUUGGCAAUCGCGUGAUAAAACUUUGACUUUACAGCAGAACUUAUGCCCCAUAGUGUCCAUUCUAGACACAUCAGCUCUUUGCAAACUAAACCAUUUACAUCCCCUCACAGGCAUUUUGAAUUUAGGCUUAGGUUAUGAAUGUUUAGGUGUUGGUCAUUUGUUGAUCUUUUCCUUAUCAAAUUAACUAAUAAUUACUGAAACUAGUCUGCAUGUGGACUAAAUUAUGUCCACUCCCUCUGGCUGCUGAACUAUUUGUCAGUGAAGGUAGAUUUUUGGAAACAUUUAUAGUUUUACUCAUGUAAAGGCUAAUUGUCAAUAUCGUCUGCAAAAUUCUGAAUGUUACAUGUGAAUAAAUUUAUUUACAUUUUUUCUUAGGAGGUUAACAGGCAGUUACUAAUGCUUAAUCAAUAAAAGAAACAAAAUGUGAAAUUAUUAAUUUUUUGUUCCAAUAAAGAAACCAAUGAUUA